AUGGAUAGCGAGCUUAGUGACAUAGAGUUGUCCAACUCGAGACCGUCAUCCAUAGAAGAUGAGGACCUUUAUCAGGAGGAAGAAGAAGAGUAUCAAGAUGCCAUGGAUGAAGAUGACGAGUACAAUGACGAUGGUGCUGAUGAUAACGAUGAGGAAUAUAUAGAGGGAAGAGAGGCUGAAAUCAAGAAGCCCAAAAUAGCCACGAAACAGACUAUAAGACCUCCAGUCAAGAAAUCGGAGAGGAUAUCGAGCAAAAGAACAGCUGCCACAGGUCUGCAGAGGGUACGACCCAAGCGAGCCGUAACUGACAAGGAAGUGAACUAUAGUGAAGAUAGCACAUCAGUAGACAAAGCCAUUGAAGCGGCAGAGGCCGCCGACGAGAAAGAGCAAGAGCUGGAUCAAGAUGCUGUAAAUGUAGAUGUGGAUGUUGAAGAAGAGGAUGACGAGGAAAUACGCUCUCCAGCAAAGAAAAGACAGAGGACAGUACUUGAGGAUGAAGAAGAUGCUCAAACUUCUACAGCCAACAACUCCGGAUCAGAACAGCUCCCAGAAGAAGAUGAGGAGGAAGAUAAUGGCGGUAUAUCGGAUAGUUUGAGGUCCGAUUUUAGUAAUGGCAAUGGCGGUGAAAACGGUAUCCAAGAAGACCUCGAUGCAGAGGACAAUAUGUCUACUCCUGCAGGAGACGAGGAUAAUGAAGAAGUAGAAGCUAGAGAGAAUACUGAGGAUGCUUCGAUAAUACCUAGCAAUUUACUUCCGAAGAACAAGAUGUUGAUAAGUAUAUUAGACGACAACCCAUUCAAGAAGAAACUCACAGAGGAAGAGAUACAACUGCGGAGAGCCGAGAAUGCGCGUAAACGUAAGAAUCUAAGUGAGAAGAGGCUCGAGGAGGAGAAAAGGGAGACUUUGAACAAGCUAUUGAAGAAGCGUGCCGGCAAAUCAAGAUCCAAGGUUGACAAGGAUGAACCAGAGAACACUGCAUCGACCAUUAAGCCACGCAGACCUUACAAUUCCAAUGGUAUGGUCCGUAUAAUAAGGAAAAGAGACGAGGACCUUUACUGUAUAUUUUGA